ACUCUUCAGAGGAGACCCCCCCUCCAGCCACUCAGAACUUCAUCAUUCCGAAGAAGGAGAUUCACACAGUUCCCGACAUGGGCAAGUGGAAGCGUUCUCAGGCGUAUGCUGACUACAUCGGAUUCAUCCUCACCCUCAAUGAAGGCGUGAAGGGGAAGAAGCUGACCUUCGAGUACAAAGUCUCUGAGGCCAUUGAGAAACUGGUCAGUCUUCUCAACACCCUAGACAGGUGGAUUGAUGAGACGCCUCCAGUGGACCAGCCCUCCCGGUUUGGGAACAAGGCCUACAGGACCUGGUAUGCUAAACUUGAUGAGGAAGCAGAAAACUUGGUGGCCACAGUCGUCCCCACCCAUCUGGCAGCUGCUGUGCCCGAGGUGGCCGUUUACCUAAAGGAGUCGGUGGGCAACUCCACGCGCAUUGACUACGGCACAGGGCAUGAGGCAGCCUUUGCUGCUUUCCUCUGCUGUCUCUGCAAGAUUGGGGUGCUCCGGGUGGAUGACCAAAUAGCGAUUGUCUUCAAGGUGUUCAAUCGGUACCUUGAGGUUAUGCGGAAACUCCAGAAAACUUACAGGAUGGAGCCAGCUGGCAGCCAGGGCGUGUGGGGCCUGGACGACUUCCAGUUUCUGCCCUUCAUCUGGGGCAGUUCACAGCUGAUAGACCACCCACACCUAGAGCCCAGGCACUUCGUGGACGAGAAGGCCGUGAAUGAGAACCAUGAGGACUUCAUGUUCCUGGAGUGUGUCCGGUUCAUCACAGAGAUGAAGACGGGCCCGUUUGCAGAGCACUCCAACCAGCUGUGGAACAUCAGUGCCGUCCCCUCCUGGUCCAAGGUGAACCAGGGGCUCAUCCGCAUGUACAAGGCCGAGUGCCUGGAAAAGUUCCCCGUGAUCCAGCACUUCAAGUUCGGGAGCCUGCUGCCCAUCCACCCUGUCACCUCAGGCUAGAGGGGCCGAGCAGCCAGAACCACCAGGCCGCAGCUCCUGUGCCUGCCCCCCGCCCCCUGCCGGCCCUCCCCGCCCCCCCUCUGUUUCUGUUUGCUGAGAGGCUGUGACUGGGCGGGUGGCAAGCUUGCUGAAGGGGCUCAGUGUAGCCCAAGGACCCAAGUUGGGCGAAGUGACCAAAGCAUGGCCAGUUUCCCAACCUUCCCUGGGGUGGAUGAGCAAGAAGAGGGCUUGGGCCCAAAUCACUGGGCUCCACUCCUGCUCCUGGCUGUCCCGGCCUGGCCCGGCCCCGUGUGACCUAGGGCUGCCCUGAGUGCUGUGGGGUGGACACUCACUGUCCCCACUGCUUUCCUUUCCUGUACCCUGAUGCCUUUCGAAGUGGGGGAAGCGGUCGCUUCCCAUGGGAAUGGUGCAGUUUCCUAAGCCAUGUUUGGGGGCACCUGUGUGCUUUAAGGCUGGAAGCUGAGACCCGAAACCAGCCUUGGGGUGGGGAAGAGGCAAGGUGGCGAAGUCUGAGCUGUCGUGGCUGGUGCGACCUCCCAGCUCCUCCUCAUAGCCGCCCCUGGGCUGAGGGCACCUCUGCCCAGAGCCUCAUCCUGGUUCCCUGGCCAGAGCCCUCCCUUCCCCCACACAAGGGUACCUACGCAUGAGCUGCCCCUUGGAUAGGCGCUGGGCUCCCUGGAGGGCCCAGCUGGCUGGGUGAGGCCUGUCUUUCCAGAACGUUCCCUGGUUGGGGAGAGGGCAGCAGAGACUCAGGGAGGGGCCUGGGCCCACUGCGCUGUGGAGGGCACGGCUUCCUCGGCAGUCUUAGCCCGGCCGCUUCUGCUACCUCUGUGCUCUGUGUGCUUUCCAAGGGCCCUUGGCCCUGCCUCUCUGCUCUCCUGGGUGGUGGGUGAGUAGUCCUGGGAGGGCUCAGAGGCAGCAGCCCCACUCCCUGUUCCCCACCUCCCCCGGGAUGAGGUCAGUGACAGCCCCCCAGAGCCCAGGCAUUGGCUGAGAGUGCUGGCAAUGGCUGGCCGGCUUCCUCCUGGGCAGAUUCCAGGCCUGGCUCAUGCAAGCUCCUCCUCUCUGAGCCCAGGCCUGCCCUUCUCUACCCAUCCCAGCCCGGAGCCGCCAAGAAGCACAACACGGGCUCGGCUCGGGGUCUGACCGAUGGUCUGAGCAGAGGCUGGGACAGAACCAGAGUCGCAGGCGCGGUUUCCCAGGAGAAGCCCGAUGCCCUCCCUCCCAGGGCCAGCCCCCGCCCUGCUGGUGCCUCCGUGCCCCUUGGUCCAGCCCUUGCGCCCUCAUUGCUGUUUGGAUUAAAGCCUCUGUUUUGCACCUGUCA